CUUCAUUUUUACCUAAUUCUUCUAUAAGAAGGACUAAUUCUCAAAUUUUUUACUCCGAUCAGCGUUAUCAAUCUCGUACGAAUUUAAGCAGCCUUCAAAAUUCUAUUUCAGAUGGCUCCGUGGGUCAAACCGUUAUAAAUAUUUCUCCUCUUCGUUCAUCCUCUCGUUUGGAUUUCGAAUUCAAAAAUCGCUCUGCAAUUUCCAAAAUUAAAAAUUUUAUAUUUCUAAAAAAUAAAAAGGGACGAAUAGUUUUGCUUUUCCUGCUGGUCGGUGCGGUCGUAAUUUUUGUAAACUUUUACUACCGGAUUUUGGAUCUUUCCGCUAAGAAAAAAAUGCAGUAUGGUUUAGUAAUUGAUGCAGGAAGUAGCGGCAGUAGAAUCUUUAUAUAUUAUUGGCCUUCCCAAUCUCGAAAGAAAGGAGAACUUAAUCGUUUUUUUCCUGCUUUGGAUUCUCUAGGAAAUUCACUCUCAUUAAAACUAUCGCCAGGUCUUUCAGCCUUUGCAGAUAAUCCUCAAGAAGCAUCGGCGCAAGUUUUAAAGUUACUUAAUUAUGCUGUCCAGCAUUUACCAGCGGAGCCUUAUAACUUAACGAAAUAGUUUUAAGAGUUACUCAAAAGUUUAGUUUUCAGUUCUCUAAGAACCAUAUAACAGUGAUUUCUGGAAAAAUGGAAGGCGUAUUUUCUUGGAUCACUGUAAACUAUUUGCUUGGAAAGUUCGACUCUUUGGACGAACAGCCGCCCCGUACGGAUGGCAUCAUCGAUAUGGGUGGAGCGUCCGCUCAAAUUGCUUUUGAAGUUCCUCAACCGCUUCAAAAUUCAGAAAAGCUGACGAAUCACAUUGUUGAACUAGACUUCAGCAGAAUAGAAAAAAUAAAGGAAACUUCGCUAAAUAGAAAAAAGUGGAACCAAUCUUCAGUCUGAUUCGGGGCUAACGAGGUUGAAAAAUAUUAUUAUGAAAAACUUUUUACUUAUAGAAACUCUUCCGUUAUUCUGGAUAACUGCACUCCUUUAGGAUUUCAAAAAAAACUUUAUUUAAAUAAAACGCCAAUCACUAUUAGUGGAAAUGGCGAUUUUGAUUUAUGCAAGAAAGCAAUAAUGCCUUUCUUAAAUAUGACUGAGGAUUGCCUUUCAUUGAUUGAUUGCACUCUAAACGGUAUUACUCUUCUUCCGUUGCCCUACAAAACCAUGACCUUCUGGGGCUUGGCAGAGUACUGGUACACUACGGCGGAUGUUUUUCGUUUCGACGGAAACUAUUCAAGAGAGUCGUUUGAUACUAUUGCGAAGGAUUUUUGCCAAACAAAGUGGUCUAUUUUGAAAAAUAACUUUGAAAAAGGGAUGUACCCACUUUCCUCAGAAAGAAGAUUGCAGUCGCAAUGCUUUAAGGCGAGUUGGAUGAGUAAUAUACUCCAGUUCGGCCAUAAGCUGACCAGCCAGGAAAACUUCCGUCCAGUCGGAAGUAUAAGCGGCGUUGAAGUCCAAUGGGCUCUCGGAGCAAUCAUUUAUUAUACUCA